GAACGUCAUUGAUCAGCUGAUUUAUGUUUUAUUGUUGACAAUCAAGAAUCUGUGUACCAAAUUCCUGUCUGUAUAAGAAGAAGAGAUACGUUGUACAACAAAUUGUAUUUUAAUGGAGGGGUUCAUGAGCGAAGCGUUUAAAGAAGCUAGAAGAGUGCUAAUAGCUGGAGAGGUGCCUGUGGGUUGUGUAUUCGUUUUUCCUGUAGAUGGUAUUGGCACAGUGAUAGCACGAGCCGGAAACGAUGUUAACGCAACAAAAAAUGCUACUCGACAUGCAGAAUUUCUUUGCAUAGACCAAACUUUGGAAUAUUGUAAACAGAAUGGAUUAUCAGUUCGUGAAGUUUUUCCGCAAAUCACCGUUGUGGUCACUGUGGAGCCUUGUAUUAUGUGUUCAGCUGCUUUACAUGAUUUAGAUGUGAAAGAGGUUUUAUAUGGCUGUGCUAAUGAUCGGUUUGGCGGCAAAACUUUAGUGGAUGUGCCAUUUGUUACAAACAAAAGUAAUGGCAGGCCGCAAGUAAACGGUGGAAUAUGUGGUGACGAAGCAAUGGCAUUGCUGAAAGAUUUCUAUAAAGGCGAAAAUCCAUCUGCGCCAAUCACUAAAACUAAAAGAUGACUUGAAUUGGUGCCAAUGUUGAUAUGUGUACAAGGAAGGCGCAUUAUCUGGAAGAAACAGGCGUAGUCAGACAAGGCGUAUGACAAAGAAAUAUUUAGUAAAAUGAAACACGCUUUGAAAAAAGGAUGCAAAGGGGGGAUAAAAGGGUGUAUCUCCAUCUCAAAACUUAGAACCGCAUCCUCCGAAAGCUUAUAGCUCCUGGUGACGCUCAAGUGUGCAUGUCCUGCAGUUUAUAUGUGUGCGUGUCUAGUCCAUGACGCUAAUAUCUAAAAUUUUUGAUUUUCAUCAUGCAAAAGCCGACAACAAGUAUGUGUGACACGAAGCAAGUUCGUACAAGCUGCAGGACAUGCAUGCUUGAGCGUCACCAGGAGCUAUUAUAGUUUUUAAGUAAUUUAUUGUUAAAGGUGACACUCCCUUGAAAAAGGUUGCAAUUUAGAGAGUGGAAAAAAAUGUAAUUCUUUUUGGUAAAAAUGGGAGCAAAAAAGUAUUUUUUUACUCAAAAGGAAACAAGCUGCGAACGGUUAAAAAUAUAUUUUUUAAAUAAUAUUUGAAUGUAAAUAAGGUAGUUUAUGGUCAAUGUAAAUAUUUCAUAUAUGUCAAUAUUUAUUUGUAGAAAUGGAUACAAAUAGGUUAUUAGCGGAAAUUGCCGAGUCUGAUAUUAAAAUAAAA